AUGAGAAUGAUCGGCGGAUCGGGGGUCGCAGGCGUGCCAUCGGGAAGGGUGUUGGGAGGACUGGACGGCUGGGCACAGAUAUCCUGGCUGAGACAAAAUUGUUUGGUGCAGUUGCCACAGCGGUCUAUGGGCUGGACGAUGGACACGUCGUUGCACAGACACUUGCAGUACUGUUGGUAUGCGGCAGCAGAGGCCACGAGCGACCAGAGGGCUAGUUUUGUGGGGAGGUUCAUGGUGUCGAGUAGAGGAUUGGUUGUGGGACUUCGGUGCGAUUUUGAGGGUACGAAUCGGUGGGUGUUUGGAUGUUAUAUUAGUAUGGGUGCAUGGGUGGGAGGUGGUUUUGCUUGUAGAGUUGUUUGUAGGUGUUUUUAG